GUAGGAUGUCCGCCAGGCCCGAGAAGCGCCGUGCGGAGCGGCAGGUGGAGGAGGCGGAGCGGCAGAAGAACCUGAAGCGGCUGCAGGUGAUGGGGGAGCAGCCGGACGAGGAGCGGCGGCUGGAGGAACUGCUGUUCGGCGGCGAGGAGGCGCUGCUGGAGAGGCUGCAGCCAACACAAAGGAAGGAUCGGGACCAAACCUUGCUGGAUGAAUCCUCCAGUGACUCGGAAGUGGAAAAUGAAGCCAGGUCCGAUUUACCUCCACACAAGAGAGCAGCAUGGGUGGAUGAGGAGGACGGAGCAGACGAUGAUGUAGAAAUGACACAUCGGUUCCGGAAAAAUCUAGUGAAAAGCAGCACGGAGAAGACCCUCACCAUGCGAAAGCUCCAGCAGAGAUUAAAAGAGCAGUUCCAGACUGCAAUGGGUGGGACACCAUCCUGGGCAGAGAGGAAGGUUAAAAACAAAAGAAAGGACAAGGAAGACUCAGCCGAAGAAAGCGAUGAUGAUGAUGACUUGCUACGAAAAACUGGCAACUUUGUAUCUGCCUCCUCUGUUCUUCCUAAGGGUAUAUUACAGAUAAAGAAAUGCACAGAUGCCAACCACGCCAGGCCGUCCACCUGCAACUUAACAACAACACAGUUCCAUCCUUUGGCUCAAGUAAUACUCACUGCCGGGAAUGACCAGGCCAUCUCGCUUUUUCAGGUCGAUGGAAAGACAAACCCCAAAAUUCAGAGUGUCUGCUUGCAGAGGUUUCCCGUGUUCAAAGCUCGGUUCAGUGCAGAUGGUGAACAGGUCAUCGCUACGACCAAACACGGCAAGAUGUUCUAUAAGUACGACAUGAUGGCUGGGGCAGUCAUCCCACUCAAUGUCCGAGGUAUGCAGGAUUGGCAAACCAGAAGGUUUGAAGUCUCACCAGAUGGCCAGUUUCUGCUGUUCCUCGGCUCCUCUGGCUAUCUGCACCUUCUCUCCUCAAAGACCAAUGAGUUUGUGGGCAGUAUGAAAGUCAAUGGCCUGGCAGUUGCCGCUGCCUUUUCUCCCGAUGGCAGCACAGUCUACACGAACUCGGAUGAAGGAGAUGUUUAUGUCUGGGACGUGAAGAGCAGGAGGUGUCUGAACAGGUUCACAGAUGAAGGCUGUUUGAAGGGGACAUGCAUUGCCAUUUCUCGGAAUGGGCAGUACCUAGCCUGCGGGUGCAGUUCUGGAAUUGUGAAUGUGUACUCACGAGACAGCCUGAACCAGUCCAGUCCAAAGCCCAUUAAAUCCAUCACAAACUUGGUUACUGCCGUUUCGUCAAUGGCCUUCAACCCAACCACAGAGAUCUUAGCAAUUGCUUCGAAGGACACAGAUGACGCAGUCAAGCUGAUUCACAUCCCAUCCUUCACAGCGUUCUCAAAUUUCCCGAUGUUUCGACGGAAGACCAUACACCUGGCACAGGAGAUGGAUUUCUCACCCAGAAGUGGUUUCUUUUCCAUUGCCAAUAAUCGAGGCAAGGCCCUGCUGUACAGGGUGAAGCACUAUACCGACUUCUAACCCGCACCCUCGGCAGCGCUGUGAUCCCCAUCUCACCAUCAUAACAUGGAACACAACACCAUCUGCUGGGUCUGGCUGCCAUGCACAGGGACUGCUGUGGCACCAUCUCUGGGGAAUUACAGUCCUUUCACAAAGGAACCCCUCGAUUCUAUGAAAUGUUUUGAUGGUUUCAGCAUUUUGUUCUAUUGUGGACGUGUUUGUAUAAUAAAUAAACCUGCAGUGCA